CGUUUGAUUCUGUUGGUUGCCCGCUCGCGCCGCCCUCGAGCUGUGGUCAGGCCGCGCGCGGUCAGCGGCUGCUCAGUGAGACCCAGCCCGCUGCUCCCGCCGCCCUUUCCCGAACCCGAUCCCUCCAUCCCCAUCUUGUUCUUCUUCUUCACUCCCCCCUACUUGCUGUUGCUUCCAUGGCGAAGAGGACGGCUGCUGCUGCAGCAGCUGUGUGGGCCGCCGCCCUCCUGGCGCAAGUGUGCUCAUUACAGGCGCUAAUUCACUUCACCAAGGAGCCCUAUUCCCAGGAUGCUUUGCACGGGCGCAGUGCAAUUCUUCGCUGUGAAGUUCAAAUUCCAACAAAUAUAGUGUUUGAGUGGCUCCUAAAUGGCAAGCCUGUAAGGACGUCUGAGACGCGCUUCAUUGAAGGCAGCAAUCUACAGUUCACAGCAGUAGAUCGGAGGGAGGAUAGUGGUGACUUUCAGUGCAUCGCUCGGAAUACAGUCACUGGCGAGGAGGCUCAAACGGCAGUGGCAUCUUUCAAUAUCAAAUGGAUAGAGACUGGAGGAGUGGUUUUGAAAGAUCCACACAGUGUGUCUGAAAUACAAACUUCAGCUCCGAUCUCGCUGCAGUGUCACAUUAAUGGACACCCCCGUCCAAGCUGGCAGUGGUUCAGAGAUGGCAUUCAUUUAACAGAUACCAAUCAUUAUACAUUUAACACCAGAGAGCACAGUUUGACCAUAAAAAGUGCUAGUCCUGAUGAUAAUGGUGUCUACUACUGCUGUGCAAAGAACGCAGUUGGAAAUGUUUGCAGCAAUGAUAACUUCACACUAAUGAUAAUUGAUGCAAGUUUCCCACAGCCUUUGAUCCGGCCCCAGGACCAGAUUGUGAAUAAGAAGGAAGAUGCCAUGUUUCAUUGUCAAUUCACAGCUACACCUCCCCCAGUACAGGAAUGGUUAUUUGAUGAUACGAUCAUUCAUAACUCAACACGGACGAUGGUAUAUGCUAAUGGAUCUCUGCUGCUUACUAAUGUGAGACCUCGCAGUUUUGGCGUGUAUAAAUGUGUUGGUCGGGGCCCAAGAGGGAAGCCCACUGUGAUGGAAGCUGCUCUCCGCAUGGCAGAAAUCCAUGAUAUGCUUCCAUUCAAGCCAAAAAUCUUUAUUGCAAAUACCACACAAGACAUUGAAUGUUCACCACCAAGAGGACUGCCUCUGCCUGUUGUGGGGUGGUAUAGGGGCAGUGCACAAAUUCCAUCUGAAGGUCGUGUCUAUCAGGCUGGCAAUAAACUGAUUUUCAAUGAAACAUCACAGAAAGAUUCAGGAAUUUACACCUGUCAUGCUAAAAACAAAGCUGGAGAGAAGACCAGUGAACUGAACAUCACUGUGGCAACAAUACCAGAGUGGGUCAUCAAGCCAUCAGACACCCAGCUAAAUGAAGGGUUGCCAGGAUUUUUGCCCUGUAGCACCCGCGGUAUCCCAACUCCCAUAGCUACCUGGUUCCGGAAUAAUGUGGACAUUUCUGGUGACAGUCGGUUUGAGCAGCUGGCCAAUGGAACGCUGCGCAUUAAUAACGUGGAGGUGUAUGAUGGAACUGUGUACAAAUGUCAGAGCAGCACACCAGCAGGCUACAUCGAGGGAUAUGCCCGUGUCCAUGUGCUAGAAAAGCUUAAGUUCACUCCAACUCCACAGCAACAUCAGUGUAUGGAGCUGAAUAAGGAUAUUACAAUCCAAUGCUCUGCUACUGGUCGUGAGAAACCACUCAUCAGAUGGAGCAAAAAUGAUGGCAGUCGUAUAUCCCCUCACAUCAGGCAGGAAGCCGGAUUAUUGCACUUCACCAAUGUGACCAAAAGUGAUGCCGGACAGUAUGCCUGUAUUGCAUCAAACAGUCAAGGGAAAAUCAGGGCGUCUGUCCGCCUUAUUGUUGCAGUAUUGCCAAAGUUUAAGAUGGAGCCUGAGAACACAACCGUGUACCAGGGAUUCAUUGCAGUGCUGAACUGUCAAGCCACAGGAGAACCACACCCUAACAUUCAUUGGAAAGUGAAGGAGAAGAUCUUGGACUCCAGCAAGAGCUUACAAAGAAUACGGAAAAUGGAAAAUGGCUCAUUGAUAAUCUAUGAUGUCAGUGCAGAUGAUACAGGGAAGUACACGUGCAUUGCUGGCAACAAUUGCAACAUUCAGCACCGAGAUGCCUUUCUCUAUGUUGUCGAAAAACCAGCAGCUCAUGGAGAUGAUGAUAAGCAACACACUCCAUAUAAGAUGAUUCAGACAAUUGGCCUUUCUGUCGGCGCUGCUGUUGCUUAUAUUAUCAAUGUACUGGGUCUCAUGUUCUAUUGCAAAAAGCGACGAAAGGCAAAGCGGUUGCAUAAAGGACCAGAGGGCGAAGAACCUGAAAUGGAGGUACUAAAUGGUGGCACUGUGCAGCAGAAUGGCCAACUAACAGCUGAGAUUCAAGAGGAAGCAUCCAUUAACAACAUUAGCAUGACAGUGGUACCCAACAAGCGUCACAGUAUGCAUGAUAAACUGCAUUUCCCUCGUGCAAACCUGCAGACAAUCACAACCCUUGGAAAAGGAGAAUAUGGCGAGGUCUUCUUGGCCAAAGCCAAAGGGAUUGACAAAAGUGAGCCCGAGACGGUUGUCCUGGUGAAGAGCCUGACCACGCGGGAUGAGCAGCUGCAGCUGGAGUUUCGGCGGGAGUUUGAGAUGUUCAGUAAAAUGAAUCACAGCCAUGUAGUGAGACUUCUGGGCCUGUGCCGGGAAGUGGAACCACAAUAUAUGAUCACCGAAUAUGUGGACCUGGGAGACCUCAAACAGUACCUGCGCAUUGUGAAGGGCAAAGAAGAAAAGACCAAGUCACCAUUAAAUCUGAAACAGAAGGUGGACAUUUGCACGCAGGUGGCACAGGGAAUGGAAUAUCUGUCAAACCAUCGUUUUGUGCACAAAGACUUGGCUGCCCGAAACUGCCUGAUCAGUGCCCAGAGACAGGUUAAAGUAGCAGCACUUGGCCUGAGUAAAGAUGUAUACAACAGUGAAUACUACCACUUCCGCCAAGCAUGGAUUCCACUGCGCUGGAUGCCAUCUGAAGCCAUAUUUGAAGAUGACUUCUCCACUAAAUCGGACGUAUGGUCCUAUGGCGUCCUGAUGUGGGAAGUCUUCUCACAGGGAGAGUUGCCUUUUUCUAAUCGCAGUGAUGAUGAAGUAUUAACAGGUGUAAAGAACAGUGAAAUCAAGCUCCCUGCACCUGAUGGUUGUCCGUCCAAACUCCACAAACUGAUGCAGCGCUGCUGGGCAGCCAGCCCUAAGGACCGCCCCUCCUUCAGCGAGCUCGCCAACACUCUUGGUGAAAUUCCUGCGGACAGCAAAGUGUGAGGGGAAUCACUGCCUGUUCCCUGAAUUGUGUAUCAUGUACAGUGUUCACGAGGAAUGGACAAGCAUCCCUUUGGGCUUGUCUGUUGGCCGUAUAUGCUAUUUUAUUGUAAUGUUUUUUUCUUUUUUUUUUUAUUAUUGUUAAUUAAGACAAGGAAAUGAGCAUCUCAAAUUCCAGGGUCCUUUUGCCUUAAGCUCAACACUACGUACAGACUGCCGUUUUCUUCUGGCCUCUGCUAACUUCGUGCAUGCAUUCCUGCCAUGGAGAAUCUUAGUCUAUUGGAUGCGGGUGCUUGGGAUGACCACCUCCAAACCCAGCAGCCAAGCUCUGGUAGGCAGAGACUGGCAACAAGACAGACUUACAAGUGCAUUGAAUUACAGCAAUAAAUAUCAAUUUACCCCGCUGCCUCAGGUGGGAAGUGUUAAAAUAGCACAAUCAUUGAUCUUAUAACCAGCAAGUUACUGGGCUGAAUGAAUUACAUAUUCAAUCUAUUUAUUUCCAAAAUGCAAGAACCGCGCACAAUGGAUCUUGGCAAUCUAAUCAUGUUCAGAGAAAAGGAGGGAGGAGCAUGAACUGUGUAAGUGUCAGCUGUUAGCUGCUGGAGAAACAGCAGGAGAAACCUUUCUAUUUAUUCUAGUAGGUUCUCAGUGAUCUCAUCUUUCUAUCAUGGUACAGUUUAUUUGCCUUUUUUUUUAAGUUUAUUUUAUGUAUGUUAACCUUUAAAUACAUCUUUACAAGCGAGAACACUAUAUCUAAAGCCAGUAUUGAAUUGGCAUUAAAUAUAGGCAAGUAUAUACUGAACCAAGUGCCUGGUCAAUGAAGGAAUUUUUUUAUCAACGUUCAAAACUUAUGAAAUGCAAGUUCCUGAUUUUUUUACAUUUCAGUUCGUUAACCCUUUUUAUAUUAAGAUUUUCAUUUUUUAAAGUGUGUAAAGAGAUAAACCUUGGUUGAAAUAGAUUUUUUAAACUUGAAUAACCUUUUUUUGCUCAUAUUUGGCUUUUGCAUUUGGUUUCAUAUCCGUAAUUUUUAAAUGCUGCUGAAACAAUAAAGUUGACAAUUUUUGGUA